AUGACCGUUCAAGGACUUGUUCAUAAUUAUGGUGGCCUUAUUACUACGAGGUGUUUCUUGGGAUUGUUUGAAGCAGGUCUAUAUCCGGGUGUCAGCUACUUCUUAUCAUGUUGGUACAAGCGUUCCGAAUUCGGGUUCCGUAUGGCUAUCUUUUUCUCAGCAACCACGAUUUCUGGCGCGUUCGGAGGUCUUCUAGCGGCGGCUAUCUCGAAAAUGGAUGGUAUCGGUGGAAAACCAGGCUGGGCAUGGAUUUUUAUCCUUGAAGGAUUUGCCACUGUUGUUGCUGGCAUCGCAUCUUUCUGGAUUAUACAGGAUUUCCCAGACACAGCCAAAUUCCUUUCCGAAGCGGAGAGGACUGUGAUUGUUCGACGAUUGCAAGAAGAUAAUCAGUUCAGUGCCGCUGGAGAGAUAUUCAGAUGGAAGUAUAUCCGCCAGAGUUUGUCGGACUGGAAGACGUAUGUCGGAAUGAUUAUCCAAUGCGGUUGUGUUAUGCCACACUACGCGUUUUCACUUUUUUUGCCCUCGAUUAUUAACCAGCUCGGUAUGCACUUAAUUUUCCGAAAUCUGGCCUUCCGAGUUGGGUUUGCUCAUGUCGAUACAGGAUUCAGGGCGACUGCCGCAAAUUUGUUGACAGUCCCUGUUUAUGUCUUCGCCUGCAUAAUCACAUGCUUGGUGGGCUUUUUGGCGGACCGAUACGGUCGAAGAGGCUUUUUCAAUAUUGGAUUCUUGUGCCUUGGCGCUGCUGGUUACAUUAUCUUAAUCUCGUCUAGGAGUGCGGCUCUAUCCUACUUUGCGGUUUAUCUUGCAACCUGUGGUAUAUUUCCGGUCAUUCCUAACAUCACUGCUUGGAUGUUAAACAACGUGGAAGGGUCAUAUAAGCGCAGUGUUUCCUUCGCCAUCAUCAUCGGUUUCGGUAAUAUCAAUGGAGCCAUCAGUUCGAACGUCUACCGCCAAAAAGAUCAGCCGCGGUAUGUUCUGGGACAUGGGUUGGUCCUGAUGUACAUCGGUAUUGGGCUCAGUUUUUCGACCAUUUACCUCAUCCUUGCUGGGAGGGAAAACGCAAGGAGAGAAAGAGGCGAGCGUGACGAGGUAAUCGAGGGGCAGUCCGGUGGGGAUGAGAAGAACGGAACGUUUGAAAGCGUUGCCGAGGCAAAGAGAGAGAAAGGAGACGAAUGGAGUGGGUAUCGGUACAUUCUAUAA